AUGGAGAGAACUGUAAAGCUGCUGAUAAUGGAAGAAAACAAAGCCUUUCUUCCUGAUGAUAUCAUAGUUAACAUCCUCAAAGGACUUCCAGUGAAAUCCCUGAUUCGAUUUCAAUCUGUAUGCAAACAUUGGAAAAAUCUUUUCAAGUCACCAUCAUUCAUAGCAGAUCAUCUCCACCACUCCAGUUAUCAAAACCCUUCACUUCUCCUCCGAUGGCAUCAUUUCGGAUCCUCUAAUUUCCAAUUAAGUUUGCUGGAUUGCAACAUGCAACUAGUUGAAGUUCAUAAUGCACCUUUGAUUGAUUUCCUCUCUGUAGUUCGGAUAUAUGGCUCCUGCAAUGGUUUGCUCUGUCUUGAGCUCGUAGAUGGUAGCAGAUCUUCACGGUUCAUUCUCUUAUGGAAUCCAGCAACUAGACAGGUCAGAAAGUUGCCCAUAACUACAAAUGAUUUCAAAGGUUUAUGCCGUGUAGGAUUCGGGUUUAGUCCAAUUGUUAAUGAUUAUAAGAUCAUGAUGUUCUACGUGCUUAAGAAUGGUGAUUCUCAAUUGAGUCGAAAAAAAAUGAGAGUUAUGGCUUGGUUUGGGGAUGAAGAUGAUGAUGAUUAUGAAGAUGAUGAUUAUUGUUACAUAGUUUCAUUUGACCUAUCAAAUGAUGAUUUGACAUUGAUACCAAUGCCUGAUGUAGGCUUUUGUAAAAGACAAAUGCUUACUGUGUAUGAGAGCAAACUUGCUUUGCUUUGUCACAAACAUACAAAAGCAUUUAAUUGGCUUGAGCUGUGGGUGAUGGAGGAGGACGGUACAGGCACAUCAAGAGAGAGAUGGAGUUGGACUGAAAAAUAUUGUACCAGCUACUUUGCAGGCCUCUCAUGUUCAUAUCCAAUGACUGUUUGGGGGAAUCAAGUUGUCUAUGAAGCUGAACCUGCAUUUGAAUCUGAAGAUGAGAUUAAUGGUGAAACAAAAUUUGUUCUGAAUCUGUCCGAUGCCAUUACUGAUGAAUUUAAGAAGAUUACUUUCCCUAGAUAUAGCGAAGGACAUACAAUUUACAAUUAUGCAGAAAGUCUUGUGUCAGUUGUCAACUUCUAG